AUGGCAAAUGUCAAGAUCGCUAUCGUUGGUGCCGGCGUUAUUGGGCCUCGGCAUGCCGAUGCUGUUGCCAAUAGCCCAGAGGCUGAAGUGUUCGCUGUGGUUGACCCGACAUCUGUUGGCAGCACAUUGGCCUCUAAACUUGGGGUACCUCACUUCGGCUCAGUGACAGACUUGCUGGACUCAGAAACCAAGCCAGAUGCCGCCAUCAUCUGCACGCCAAACCAUACUCAUGUCUCCUUAACCAAGCAACUCUCGGCUGCUGGCGUUCAUGUCCUAAUCGAAAAGCCGGUUAGCACUGACGUUGCUAGCGGCAAGGAACUGCUGGAACAUAUCAGAAAGACCAAUGUUAAAGUCCUAGUAGGUCACCAUCGAAGGUUCAAUCCGUAUAUGGUCGCUGCGAAGAAAAUCGUUGCUUCUGGUUCAUUGGGACGGAUCGUGGGCGUGAACGGACUCUGGGCGCUGUGCAAGGCGUCCGAAUAUUUUGACCCGCCUACGGAAUGGAGAAGGAACCAGACGGGCGGCGUCAUGCUCAUCAAUAUGAUCCAUGAAAUCGACCUCCUUCAUUAUCUUUUCGGUGCAAUUGCUUCGGUCCACGCUGAGAAGACGAUCUCCUACAGAGGCCACGAAGCCGAGGAGGGCGCAGCACUGACUCUGAGGUUCAAAUCUGGGGCUGUCGGUAGCUUCUUCAUCUGCGAUAAUGUCCCGUCGCCGUGGAACUUUGAAUCUGGCACGGGCGAGAAUCCUCUGAUUCCCAAGACGGGGCAAGACUUUUAUCGCAUUUUCGGCACUGAGGCCUCUCUGAGUGUGCCAGAUAUGUCAAUCUGGUCAUACAAGGGUACACAGAAGUCGUGGCACUCGGAACUUAGGCAAAAGCGUGCCCCAGUCUCCGAGGGCGUGCCGUUUGAACUUCAGCUAAGCCACUUCUGCCGAGUCAUCCGUGGAGAUGACACACCUACCUGUACCGCUCAGACUGGUCUUGCAGCUCUUAUCGUUUGUGAAGCCAUCAAGAAAGCUUUGGAAGGCAAUACUACAAUGGAGAUUGAAGAAUACAGCUUGUGA